UUGAAUCGUGUUGGCAACUGUCCCUGCUGUGCACCGUGUUUUGAAGCAUAGCGGAUACGCGUACCUGUUGGGCAAGACGCUUGUAUUUGGCUUUGAGAACGAGCUUCGAUCCCAUGACACAAGCGAAAAUGGCGCCAAUUCUCCCAAUGCGGGCCUUUAUAUGCGUAUCCUGCGGCAUGCGCAGCCUAUGGCGUGGGCCUGGUGGUGACCUUCGUGGCGCUGUACAUCAUGAGGACCGCCCAGCCCGCGCUGCUCUACCUCGUGCCUGCAACGCUGACCCCCGUCGUUCUCAUCGCCCGGCAUCGUGGAGAGUUGCGCGAGAUCUGGUAUGGACUUAAGCCUGAGACGCCUCCGCCGUCGGAGGAGGAAGACGAGCCUCCUGCGGUCCAGAGGAAAGCCGUCGAGGGCCCGGCUAACGCGAAGGAACACGGAAAAACGCAGGAGCGGCGUAAGUCCCGCGAGCCCUCAGAAGUCGGCGAUGCGCCAGAGGCCGGUGGCGCUGCCGGAAGGCCUCCUGCCGCGGGAUCGGUGGCAGCCACGCCACAGCGUGUCGUGAGCCCCACGAUUCGUUCGCCCACAGGCGCUGCUGCUGCGUCCGGCACUGCAGUUCCGCCGCCCGCGUUGCUGGGCACGAUGUUUACAGUGGGACUGCGUUAA